AUGGUCGAACAUAUUGAUGGUAAUCGACUUCAAUCAGAUCUUCGUUAUCGUUUUGAUUAUUUAUCUAAAUUUCUUAAUUUUAAUUCGGAUGAUAUAGCGAUGCUUAAUACAUUUGCACCUAUUGUUUUUCCACUUAUACCAGUUUUAUCCGAUGCAGUUUAUAGAAAAUUAUUUUCAUUUGAUAUAACAAAACAAUAUUUUCUUAUUCGUAAUGAUGGUUUUCAGGGUUUUAUGCCUAAAAAAGAUUGUGGAUUAACAGUAGAUUCAGCACAAAUGACAUUUCGAAAAGAUAUGUUAAGUGUUUAUUUAAAACGUGUAUUGACACAAACUGAUUGGAAUGAUACAUUUCUUCAAUUUUUAUCACAAGUUGGUAAAAUGCAUACAAGUCAAUCUGGUUCAACAUCAAUUAAUGUUGAUUAUAUACAUAUAAAUGCAUUACUUGGAUUUUUAGAGCAUCUACUUAUUGAUGUUCUAUUUAAUGCGGAUAGUGUAGAUGAACAAACGAAACGUGGAAUUCUAAUGGCAGUUAAUAAAUUUUUUUGGAUACAAAAUGAUUUUUUUACAAUGCAUUAUUUAAUGUCACUGAAAGAUAAUUCAACAUCAGAUAAUACAAAAGAACCAACUAAAACAUCGAAAUGUUGUUGGAUUUAA